CCGAAUAAAAGCACCACCAAAUUCUGGUAGCCGUUAUUUUAAUUAUAAAAGGUUUCACAGUUUUAAACUAAUGGCCAUGUGUGAUGCUUUUUGCCGAUUCUCUUGGGUAGAUAUUGGAGAUUAUGGUGGUGUAAGCGAUGUUUCGGCCUUCCAACAUACUGAAUUUUAUCGGAUGUUGGAAAAUAAUUUGGCCAAUUUACCCAAUCCAACCUACCUACCACACUCACAUGACAUUUCGACUCAUUUCAUCAUAGGAGACGGGAUUUUCACACUAAGGCCGUACAUGAUUGUGCCGUACAAGCGAAAUCGACCCCUUACACCCUUACAAGAAUUGUUCAAUUACCGAUUAUCUCAUGCACGACAGACUAUAGAAUGCGCAUUUGGAAUCCUAGCAGCUCGAUGGAAAAUUUUGCAAUCGAAAAUGUCUUUCAAGCUUGAAACAUCGAUCGCUGUAGUUCAAUCAUUAGUCUGUCUGCACAAUUAUAUAAUAACGAGAGAAUUGUCUGAUGAUGAAGAAUUUCGACAAUAUUUUCCUGAAAGACAAAUGGACCAAUUCAUUCGGGAAAAUAGGGCAGCAGAAAAUGAAGUCGAGAAUCUUUUGAAUGAUCGUGACAAUAUAAUCGCUCUUCUAAAAUUUGAGAACAGAAUUUUGUUGUUAUUAAUAUGCAUUAAAACUGGAUUUUUUUCAUGCAAUUCAACUGAAUCUUCUUUCUUAAUGUCUAAAAAAAGAUUCAAGGCCUGAUCUUACAACAAUUUAAGUAGUUCAGUUCAAUAAUUUCCUUUUUUUAAUUCGUUGCACUUUAAGUUUACUUUAUUCUACUUUUUUGAAGACUGAUUAGUCAUUUUUAAUAAAAUUAGUAUUAGCAAAUAUCAGAAAAUUCAUAUUAAGGAAAAAAUUCAAUAAUUGAAUAUGAACGUCAAAGUAACAAUGUUUUUAUUUCAAUUUGAAAAAAUUUUGCUUUAAUACAUUGUAAUGUAAUACAAU